CAGACACCCGGAAUUCACAAGUAAAAAGUCUUGCUGUUUCUGCUGCUGACAUAAAUAAACAUACAUAUUUAGGGACAAACAUCUCUAGAUUAGUAAAUACCAAAUUGCUUGAAAACAAAAUCCCACUUUGAAAUCUUCAGCAUUUUCAGUCAUCACCUCCCAUUUCUUGCCAAAUAAUCUUCUAGACAACCAUAUACUGUCACAAACCUUUGGUCCAAACCCAAGAAGCUUCAUAGCCAACUCUUGUUCAGCAAUUCCGCCACAAAUCCACACCUGCGACUUUUCUUGAUUCUGUGAAAACUCAUUCCUAGAUUCUUGUUUUACCUGUGUAAUAAUUUAUGGCCAAAAAUUUGCUCCCGACCAUGGUAAAUUCUGAUAAAUACAUGUAAGGUGAGGCUUUGAUUUGCAGUUGACUCCUCUUAUGCAAGAUUAUUGCAGAAAUCAGAGGAGUUAGCAAAAAGGAAAAAACAAGAACUCUGUGUUUUAAUCAGAGGUUUGCAGCAGCAAAAGUCCUGAUGGAGUCUUGUGAUUCAUCUCCAAAUUAUAUCAGGGCCAGAACCAGUUUUGAUGCAAAGAAGGAAAAUUCUCCGGGAGGAAGUGAUUGUGAAGACAUGAUUUCUGUUAGUUCUUCAGCUUGUGGAUCAGCAGUUAGUGGACCUUAUGCUCCAAAACUUACCAACAGUGGGAUCAAACACAGAACUAGGAAUAACAAGGCACUCAGUGAUUUUGGGAGUGUUAGGUCAUUCAGAAGAAGAGCAAAAUCAAGAUUUGUUAGAUCCCCUGUUACGCUAUUUGAUGAUACAGCAACUUCUCACUGUGAUUCAGUGACCGGUUCUUCUGAGUCGUCGCCUCACUAUUUGAAGGCGACGAGCUGUUCCGAAGGCAAAAAAAUGCAUUCCCCACAGCAUAAAUCUUUGCAAGCUCUGUCAAGAACAUCUAGCCUGAGAAGUGUGAGAAUCCUGAUAAAGAAGACUAGUUUCAAGCCGAAGAGGGCUAGCGGUAAGGUUUCUGAGGAUGUUGCAGUUGAUAGAGCAACGUAUUCUUCAACUCUCAAGGAUUCAAAGUUUCCUGAGCCGGUGGAGCUUCAUGAUGGGGGAACGGAAUUGGAGAAAAUGUCGGCUGUGAAAGUUUGUCGAUACCAUCAUUGCUCUCUACAUGGGCAUUGCCAUGGAAGUCCUGUUCCGCCGCCAAAGCGUUUUCUGUACAAAAGAAGGCGGACGUUGAAGAAGCAAAAGAGCAUAAUACCUAAAGCUGAGUCCAGUCUUGGAGCAAAGGACUCUAUUGGUAGAAAGAAGAAUCUACAGAAAAGCCAAAUUGUUCCUAUCGUUGAAACAUUGGAUCGGCAGAGAGUCAGUGAUGGCAUAACAUUUUCUGGUGUUGAAAAUGAAAAUGGUGAUGAUUCUUAUGCAGAUAUUUAUGCUAAACAGGAAGCUCAGCUAUUUGGAGAUAGAUAUGACGAGAUCCGAGAGGCGGGCCUCAUUGAAAUGGCGUUUGGCGAAACAUCAUUCCCUGAGAGAAGUUACACUGAGAAUCUUGAUAUAUUGAGAAAAUACUCUUCACAGGAGCAAGAAUUUGGAGGGCCGUCUUUCGGGGCGAAUGGUUAUUGUUUUAGAUGCUCUUGCCAUAUCAAAGAACAAGUUACGUCCAGUCCUAGACAAAUUGAUGCCAACUUGUCCCUAAAUAAAGUCUCUUCCUCAAGUCUUGAUGAUGGUUACAAAAGUGAGAUUCCUCGGGAUGGAGAUACCUAUGUUCUGGAUUCAAAUCCAUCGGCCCUCUUUGAGAAGCCAAAAGAACUGGUCGGCACCGAUCUUGAGAACAAUGCAGCUUUGGAUAUCGCAAAUGAAGCAUCCAACAAAGUUUGUCCAGAAACUCCAGUCAUAUCCAAUGAAGCCACCAGAAAGAACAGCUUGUUUUCAUCAGCUUCUGAUAGCCAAACAUCAACUGAUACCAAUUCUGAUGAAGAAGGGAACAUUACAACUGAAUCUACCUCUUCCCACGAUUCCAGAGCUGACGAUGCUAUGGAAGUUAAGGAUUCUGAAACAAACUCUCCUACUCAUGAAGGCAGCAAGCUGCAGUUCAGCAAACGAAGCCAUAUGAGCAUGUGGAACCUCAUACAUCAGCAUAUGUCGUCACAUGUGGCUGCUGAAUCAGCGGAAAAGCAACUUCAACAUGCCGAUAGUGAAAGUGUGGUGGAUGGUUCCGAUUCUCUUCCUGCAAAGGAAAGUUCUACCUCAGGCAGGGAGUUAAGUGAUUCAGAUAUGGGAACAGUGAACUAUGACUCAGAAAUUCAAGAUAUUGAAGUCCGAAAAUUAUUUGCCAUCAAGCUUGUCCGAGAGGCAAUCGAGAAAAUUCUUCUCCCAGAGGUUCAAGAUCAGACAUCUGAUGACCAGUCAAUUACAGGUGAAAUCACUCCCCAACCAGAACUCACAGAAAAGAAUCAAAGUGAACGACCAGAAUUCCUCAAAAAUAAUCAAAGUGAAGAAAAUGAUGGAGAAACUAAUGAUCAUAAAGGAGACGGCAAUGUGUCAUCUACUUCAGAGAAGGAAAGUCAUAUAGCUGAUGAUGCUUCAGGUCCAGUGAUUAAGGAAACUGAUGAUGCUUCAUUUCCAAAGAUUACAGAGACCAGUGAAAAGGUUGUAAGCAAAUCUGAGAAGAAAGCACCGAAGCACUGGAGUAAUCUUAAAAAGUGGAUUCUGCUUCAAAGAUUCAUCAGAGAAUUGGAGAAAGUAAGAAAAUUCAACCCCAGGAAGCCACGGCAUCUGCCACUUAAUCCUGAUCCUGAAGCAGAAAAGGUCAAUCUUCGACCUCAAACAGUGGACGAGAGGAAAAAUGCAGAAGAGUGGAUGCUCGAUUUUGCACUUCGCCAGGCAGUGAGUCAGCUCGCCCCAACUCAGAAGAAGAAAGUAGCGUUGCUUGUAAAAGCAUUCGAAACGGUGGUUCCAACUCAAGAAGAGCCACAAGUUCAAUUCAGAAUCCCCAGGCUCAAUAGUAAUGGCUCAGAUAUCUGUAGCACUAGCCACAAAGUUGAUGAGUCUGUUGCUGAUAGAUACGGAAGAAGUAAAGAGGAGGCGCCUGUUACUGGAAAAGCAAUGUUGAACCAACAAACUAGCUCUAAGUUGACCGAGAAAGCUGAGAAGCUCUAUGAUUCAAAUGAUAAUUCUGGUGAAUCAUUAGUAACGUCUCAAAGUUUGGCUGAAAAAAGGACUGGGAUGUUUACAUCAAUCAUGAAAUCUGUACCUUCAUCAUCCAAAGAUGAGAAUCCAAGAGAAACUGCAGGAGGUGAUAAAGAUGCAAAUGUCAUUUUGAAAUCUGGGUAUUUCAACUGUGAGUUCAUGUCAAGUGACCGAAACUUAAAGCCAGAAGGUCCAGAAUCUGAAAAUGGGGACCCAAUUUUACCAACCGAAAGCUUGAUUCUUGAUGGUAAUGGAAAAUCAGCGGCAACUGAGAGAACUCCUGGUCCAGCUUCUCAUGCUGAGAGCUUAGAGAAAUACAUGGCAGACGAGACAGAGACAGAGGCUAUACCAACCACACAAUGUCUUCAAGAAGAUGCUAGAUCCGAUCGAAUAGAGGAGCAGACGAAACAUAGUGGCCGAAGCAGCACUGGAAUGGAUAGGAAAAAUUAUAUCAAGAUGUGGCACAUGAUAUAUCAGCAUGUGGUAUCAGGUAUUGCUGAAAGAGUUGGAAAUCAACUUCUUGAUGGAGCAGACGACGAAGAAGGGGAAGAUACUAAAUCACCUGCUAUAAACAAUGGUGACUAUCCCAACCAUUUUUCGCAGUCUACCGAUGAUUCAAAUGAAAAGCAUCAUGUUCCGAGCAAUCUGAGUGGUGGGUUCACAAAAUCUGAUGCUCUCAAACUCAUAAAAGAGGCAGUUGAUGAAAUCCUCCUACCUGAAAUUCAAGAUGAUUCCUCUGAUACUCAGUCAGUGACAAGCGAGUCUAUUUCAGAUCAAGACUUCUUAGAAAGGAACUCCAGUGAAAUUGGAGGACAAAACUUUUCGAGCGAAGAUGGAGUUUCAAUGGACGAGGAAGGAAAAAGCUUGUUACAUGACACUGUUAGUACACACGACGAAAUGAAAGUGGAAUCGAAGGUCAGCAAAAAAUCUGAGCUGCCCAAAGCCAAGAACUGGAGCAAACUGAAAAAGCUCAUACUCCUUAAGAGAUCCAUUAAAGCACUGGAAAAGGCUAGGAAACUGAAACCACAACCUCAUCAGUCCUCUCCUCAGAUGGCUGAUCCAGAACCAGAGAAAAUUGACUUGAAAAGCCAAAUGAUGGACGAACGGAGAAAGGCUGAGCAGUGGAUGCUAGAUUAUGCAGUUCAGCAUAUUGUCACUAAACUAACUCCAGCUCGGAAACGGAGGGUGUCUAUGCUUGUUGAAGCCUUUGAAGCAGUUGUUCCACUUCCAGAUACGCCUGGAGCAACGCAGUCUAGUAAUAAACACAAGAAUCGCCCGAAAACCCAAAUUGUUCCUACUGUCGAAACCUUGGAUCGUGGAAGAACCGGUGAUGGUUCUCGUGUUAAAAAUGAGAAUGGUUUGGAAUUUUACGGUGAACGGGAAUCUCAGCUAUUUGGAGAUGUUCGUGAUGAGAUUCUUGAGUCGGGCCUUCUUGAAGUUGCGUUUGGCGAAACAUCGUUCCCCGAGAGAAGUUACUCUGAGAAUCUUGAUAUAUUGAGAAAAUACUCCUCACCGGAGCAAGAAUUUGGAGGGACGUAUUUCUUGGUGAAUGGUUAUUGUUUGAGGUGCAUUUGCCAAUGCCAUAUCAAAGAACAAGUUUGGUCCAAUUCUGGACAAGCCGACGCGGACUUGUCCUUACAUAACCUCGCUUCCUCCAGUCAUGACAAUGGGUUCAAAGAUGAGAUCCCGGAGAAUGAAAAUACUGAUGUUUCUCAUACAAGUUCAUUGGCCGGCACCGAGGAUACUGCAAAUGAAGCAUCCAACAGAGUUUGUCCAGAAGAGGACAUUACAACUGAAUCUACCUCUUACGGAGAUUCCAGAGCUAAUGAAACUAAAAUCAGCAAACGAAGCCAUAUGAGCAUGUGGCAACUGAUACAUCAGCACAUGUCGUCGAACUUAUUAGCUGCUGAAUCAGCUGAAAAGCAAUUUCAAGGUUUCGAUGGGGAAAGUCCGGUGGAUGGUUUGGAAUCUCUGCCUGCAAAGGAAAGUUCUGCUUCAGGCUGGGAGUUAGCUGAUUCACAUAAAGGAACAGUGAAGAAUGACUCAGAAGUUCAAGAUAUUGAAGACCACAAAUUAUUUGCAAUCAAGCUUGUCCGAGAGGCAAUCGAGAAAGUUCUUCUUUCGGAGGUUCAAGACCAGGCAUCUGAUGAUAACCAGUCAAUUACGGACAAAAACGCUCCCCGGCCAGAACUCAGUGAAACGAAUCAAACUGAAGUUUGUGUGCAAGAAAAUUAUGGAAAAACUGAUGCUCAUAGAGACGACGACAAUGUGUUGUCUGAUCUGGAAGAUGAAAGUCAUAUAACUGAUGAUGAUUCAGGCCAAGAGAUUAAGGGAACUGAUGAUGAUCCAGGUCAAGAGGUUAGGGAAACUUAUGAUGAUUCAGGUCAAGAGAUUACAGAAAACAAUAAAAAGGUUGUAAGCAAAUCAGGGAAGAAAAUGCCCAAGAACUGGAGUAAUCUUAAAAAGUGGAUUCUGCUCCAAAGAUUCAUCAGAGAAUUGGAGAAAGUGACAAAAUUCAACGCCAGGAAACCACGGCCUCUGGCAUUAAAUCCUGAACCUGAAGCUGAGAAAGUGAACCUUCGACCUCAAACCGUGGACGGGAAGAAAAAUGCAGAAGAGUGGAUGCUGGAUUAUGCACUUCGACAGGCAGUCGGUCAGCUUGCACCGACUCAGAAGAGGAAAGUGGCAUUGCUAGUAAAAGGAUUUGAAAGGGUGGUUCCGACUCAAGAAGAGCCUCAAGUUCAAUUCAGAAUCCCCAGGAUCAAAAGUAAUGGCUCAGACAUCAGUAGCACUAGCUACAAAGCUGACCAUUCUGUUUCUGAUGGACAUGGAAGAAGUAAAGAGGAGGUGCCCCUAAGUCGAAAUACAAUGUUGAACCAAGAAACCGGCGCUAAGUUGACUGAGAAAACUGAGAAGCUUUAUGAUUCUAAUGAUAAUUCUGGUGAAUCAUCGGUCAUGUUUCAAAGAUUGGUUGAUGAAAGAACUGGGAAGUUAACAUCAAUCAUGAAGUCUGUUCUCCCAUCAUCCGAGGAAGAGAAUCCAAGAGAAACUGCAGGAGGCCAUAUAGAUGCAAAUGUUGUUUCGAAAUCUGAGCAUGCAAAUGGAAACAUAAAGUCAGAAGGCCCUGAAUCGGAAAAAGAGGAAGCGUCUUUAACGACCCAAAGCCUGAUUCUUGAUGGCAAUGGAGAAUCAGCCGUAACUAAGAGAACAAUUGGUCCAGCUUCUCAUCCUGAGAGCUUAGAGAAAAAUAUGGCAGACGAGACAGAGAAAGAGGUGAUACCAACAACGCAUUUACCAACUGAAAGCUUGAUGCUUGAUGGUAAUGGGAAAUCAGAGGCAACUGUAGGAACUACUGGUCCAGUUUCUCAUCCUGAGAGCAUAGAGAAAGAAAUGGCGGAGCAGACAGAGAAAGAGGCUAUACCAACAGCACAAGGACUUCAAGAAGAUGCUGCAUCUAAUCAAAUGGAGGGACAGACGAAACACAAUGGCCAAAGCUGCACCGAAACGGAUAGAAAACACCAUAUCAAAAUGUGGCACAGGAUAUAUCAGCAUGUGGUAUCAAAUAUUGCUGAAAGAGUUGGAAACCAACUUCUUGAUGGAGCAGAUGAUGACGAAGUAGAAGAUAGCAAAUCACCUGCAAUAAACACCGGUGAAUGUUCCAACAUGCAGCCUACAGAUGAUUCAAGUGAAAAGAAUCAUGUCCCGAGCAAUCUGAGUGGUGGGUUCACGAAAUCUGACGCUCUCAAACUCAUAAAAGAGGCAGUUGAUGAAAUCCUCCAACCUGAAAUUCAAGAUGACUCCUCUGAUACUCAGUCAGUGACAAGCGAGUCUAUUUCAGACCAAGACUUCUCGGACAGGAACUUCACUGAAAUUGGAGGACAAAACUUUUCAAGUGAAGAUGGAGUUUUAAUGGACGAGGAAGGACAAAGUUGGAUGCAUGACAGUGCCAGCACACAGGACGAAACAAUAGCAGAAUCUAAGGUCAGCAAAGAAUCUCAUGAGCAGCCCAAAGCCAAGAACUGGAGCAAACUGAAAAAGCUCAUCCUCCUUAAGAGAUCCAUUAAAGCAUUGGAAAAAGCCAGGAGACUCAAACCACAACCUCAUGAACCGGAGAAAAAUGAGACGAAACACCAAAUGACGGAUGAACGGAGAAAGGCUGAGCAGUGGAUGCUAGAUUAUGCAGUUCAGAAUAUUGUGACCAAACUAACUCCAGCUCGGAAACGGAGGGUGUCUAUGCUGGUUGAAGCCUUUGAAGCAGUCAUUCCAUUUCCAGAGAUGUGAACAUAGAAAGAUUAAUCCAAGUUACUAAAUCUCUGUCAGGCUCUCAGCUUAUGGAUGCUGCUGCUUAUACAGGUUCUUGAUCGCAGAGUCUCUAAGGACGUCGACUUCUAUGUCUCAUAUAUGACUCAAGCCAACCAACAAGCAUAUAUAUAUAUACAUGAUGAAGGUCAUUACAUAUAUUAAUACUCACUGUUCGCAAUCCUUGUUUGAAGUUUCCAGACCAUCAUGUAUAAAUUUUGCUGUAUUUGUUUCAUCUUUUGUUUGAUGUAAAUGAUGAAGCAUACUUAGCAUCUCCA